UUUACGAUCUUUGGAAGAAACUUUGUCCUCACAUCAAAAUCAGCACUCCAAAAUAUGACGUUUGCUUCAUAUGUGACUCAUCAAAAGAAGGUGGAAGAUACAUGAUCAGAAGAGGACAAAAUGGAAGCUACAAGUGCAUACCUACUUCAUGUUGAGGAAGCAAGGCGAGAAAGAGAGGUAUACAAGAUGUGUGUUGAGGCAUCAAAGGAAGAACUAGUAGGGUAUGUCCAUCCACUUGGGCCAAUUCCACAACAAUCUUCCAGUUUAAAGAAAAUUUUUGAUUUUGCCCAGUCGCUUAUUCUACCCCACCAUGCAAGGCAAAUUGGACAGCUAUACUUUACAACCCCAAGGAAAAUCCACCUCUUUGGUGUAAGGCUUGAUGGACUAUCCAUGCAACUGAACUACAUUAUGGAGGAAGAUGAAACAAUUGGUACAGAUGGUUCCUUAGCUUAUGGACCAAAUUCAGUUAUUUCGAUGGUGCACCACGCUCUUCAGACACAUGGACUGGGUGAAAUUGAUUGCUGCCUUCAUGCAGACAGCUGUGGAGGCCAAAACAAGAACAGAUUUGUCCUAGGAUAUUUUUGUUGGAGAGUCCUGGUAGGCUUGCACAGGAACAUCAGCUUCAUACUUCAAAUACCUGGUCACACAAGAUGCCUGGAGGAUGCUGGUUUUGGCCAGAUAAAGAAGCUCUACAGAAGAACGGACUGCAACACAAAAGGUGAUAUUGCUAGAGUCAUAGAGCUGUCAUCUAAGUCCAACAAAGCUGUGUGCUUCUCAGAUGAUGCUUGGGUCUGGAGGAAUUGGAAGGAAUAUUUAUCUGUACGAUUUAAAGCAAUCAAGGGAAUCCAACAGUAUCAACAGUUUAGAUUUAGUGCUGAAGCUCCAGGACAUGUAUUUGUGAAACGGCGUGCUGACUCGGAAGAAACCAAAGUCCUUCUUUUGAUGAAUGGGGCACCAGCUUCAUCAGUGAAUGAUUUACUAGCCCAGCUAAUUCCUGGUGGUCUUACAGAGGAGAGACAAAGAUAUCUUUAUCGCUUUGUCAGACAUCUUGUCAGACCAUCUGCACAAGACCAGACCUGUCCUGCUCCAGGACACUAUAUGCAAAAAUAAAUUGACGUCAAACGUGUUCAUACGUUGUUGUGUUUGAUGACCUAUAAAAUUUUAACAGCACUCAACAUUACAAUUUAGCAUUAAAAAAAUAAUUU